AUGUCUGUUACCUUGGAACUUCCUUUGGCUCUUCACAUCCUCGAAUCCGUUCUUGCUGAAAACAAGUUCGUUGCCUCCAACAAUAAGGCCACUGAAGCUGACGCUGCUGUUGCCAAGGCUUUGGGUUCCGCUCCUGCUGCUGAAUUCGCCAACGUCAACAAGUGGUACUCUGAAGUUAAGCCCGCUGAAGCUGCUGCUCCUACUGCUGCCGCUGCUGAAGACGAAGAUGACAUUGACCUCUUCGGUUCUGACGACGAAGAAGUUGAUGAAGAAGCUGAAAAGAUCAAGGCUCAACGUGUUGCUGAAUACAACGCUAAGAAGGCCAACAAGCCCAAGACCAUUGCCAAGACCACUGUCACUCUCGAUGUUAAGCCUUGGGAUGAUGAAACCAACAUGGAAGAAUUGACUGCUGGUGUCAAGGGUAUCGAAAUGGACGGUCUCCUUUGGGGUGGUAGCCAACUCGUUGCCAUUGGUUACGGUAUCAAGAAGCUCCAAAUCAACUGUGUUGUUGAAGAUGACAAGGUUCUUAUGGAUGAUUUGACCGAUGCCAUCCUCGGUUUGGAAGACUACGUUCAAUCCGUUGAUAUUGCUGCCAUGCAAAAGAUCUAAGUUGCUUUAUAAAAGAAAUAAAAUGUAAAUAAUCUUCAUUGUCUUUUUAUGAGGAACAUAUACAUUUGUAGUUUGUUGUUUAGAUAUCUAAAGUCAUACGAGACGGGUUUCUUUACUGCAAAAAAAGUUCAAUCAAACCAUUUACAGCUUGAACAAACUUGAAGCUUUCUCUUGUUGACUUCUUUGGGUUAUUAACACUAUGGAAGUAUGUGUUGCAAUUAAAAAAGCACAG